AUUUGAUUACCAAACAAACAGGCAACAACGAAAACCCAAAACCCAAAACUCUAUCGCCACCACUACGCAGCAAUGGAGGACGACGGCUUCGCGGCUACGAAACUCUUCAACCAGGGCUACUCCUACACCUAUGACGACGUCAUAUUCCUCCCUCACUACAUAGACUUCGCCACCGAUGAUGUCUCCCUUGCCACGCGCCUCACGCGCAGACUCCCGCUCCUGUCUCCCGUCGUUUCCUCACCCAUGGACACCGUGACCGAGGCUGGCAUGGCAGCUGCCAUGGCCUCCCUGGGUGGCCUCGGCGUCAUCCACUCCAACCUCCCCCCUCAGGUCCAGGCGUCCAUGGUCAGGUCCGUCAAGUCCCGACGCGUCCUCCUUUCUAGCCCGACAUUCAAAUCCUCCGAGCACCGCAUCGACUCCCUCGAAGACUUCGACUCCAGUCCCUACGUCCUCGUCACCCAGUCCGGCUCUCCCUCCUCUAAACUCAUCGGCUACGUGUCGAGAUCUGAAUGGUUGCAGCUCGACGGCGAUAAGAAAGAUGCCCGAAUCGACACCUACAUGACCAGUUCUAACGAACUGGUGGUGCCGUGGAAUUAUAGUCUGGCACAGAUGGAUAAUUACUUUAAGGAAAAGAAAGAGAUGGAUCUUGCGGCGUUGGUCAAGGAGGAGGAGGUGGUGGAUUUGGUGACGAGGGAGGACGUGGAUAGAUUGAAGGGGUAUCCUAGGUUAGGGGUGGGGACGGUGGGGCCCGACGGAGGGUGGAGAGUGGGGGCGGCGAUGGGGACAAGGGAGGAGGACAAGGAGAGGCUGGAGCUUUUGGUCAAGGCUGGCGUGGAUGUGGUGGUGUUGGACAGUUCUCAAGGGAACUCAAUUUAUCAGAUUGAGAUGAUCAAGUACGUGAAGAGGAUGUAUAAGGAGCUGGAUGUGGUGGGUGGGAAUGUGGUGACAGCGGCACAGGCCGAGAAUUUGAUUCGUGCUGGGGUGGACGGAUUGAGGGUUGGCAUGGGUUCCGGGUCAAUUUGUACCACGCAGGAGGUUUGCGCAGUUGGGCGAGGGCAGGCCACUGCUGUUUACAAGGUUGCUUCUAUAGCUUCACAACACGGUGUGCCCAUCAUUGCUGAUGGUGGCAUUUCAAAUUCUGGACACAUUGUCAAGGCUUUGGUCUUAGGGGCAUCUACUGUAAUGAUGGGAGGCUUCUUAGCUGGAAGCACUGAGGCUCCAGGAGCUUAUGAGUAUCAGAAUGGUUGCCGGAUCAAAAAAUAUCGAGGUAUGGGCUCCUUAGAAGCUAUGACCAAAGGGAGCGAUGCAAGGUAUCUGGGUGAUACAGCUAAGCUGAAAAUUGCUCAAGGGGUGGUUGGAGCAGUUGCAGAUAAAGGCUCUGUUCUGAAGUUUGUUCCUUACACAUUGCAAGCAGUCAAGCAAGGGUUUCAAGAUCUUGGUGCUUCCUCUCUGCAGUCUGCCCAUGACCUCUUAAGAAGUGGUAUAUUAAGGGUAGAGGUUCGCUCAGGAGCAGCACAAGUUGAAGGUGGUGUCCAUGGCCUGGUUUCUUAUGUAAAGAAAUCAUUUUGAUAUCAGUAUUAAUGCUGCUGUGGCUGCUUUUUGGCUGGAAAUCAUCUUCGUGGUUCAUUCAGCAGGCUGGAAUUGCUACUUCAGCACGAGCAACAUUCAAAUUAACGGGCUUAUCUUUUAAGAUCCAGCCUCCUGUUUAUCUAUUUGAUGAAGUCGUUUACGUUUUACUCCUGGAAGCAGCUAAAUAAAGAACCUCGUGAUUCUCGGGUCUUUUUAUUUUGCAUGAGAGCAUCCAUCCGAUUGAAUAUGCAGUCAAGUGGGAGUGGAGGAGAUAUUGUCACUAGUCUUUUAUCGUUCUUUUUUUUUUUCUUUUAAUAAUUAUCUAGCAAUGACUAAUAUUAAGGCUUCAUAAUGUCAUGAAAUGAUAAACUAGCUGAUGAUUUACCUAA